GGGUAAAACAACUGUUAGUUGGCUAUCGAUAUUUUGGCGCCGAACUGAGUUUUUGAAACCAGAAUUUUCCUGCCGCAUAAAAUAAGUUCGUUUCUUACCACUUCUUCAGAUCCCGCCAAUACGUUGUGUACGUAUAUAAUAGGUACAUAUGUAAGAGGCUUACAGAGCAACGGGCUCUGUACUCCGGUUUGCUGCGGGCUUUGGGAUGCUCUACUGGCUCAUGGGAUUUGAUCCCGCAGGACAGAGCCUAUGAAAGAUGUUGGCAACACUGUUCACGAAUAUAAAGGAGGGUCUGGAAGAAGCAUAUUGUUUAAAUAAUAUUUGCUCGUUGCGCGAUAAGCAUCAAAUCUAGAAGAGCUGAGCCGGCACAGUGAUAGUGUGAAAUUAAACAAACAAAAGAUUUGUCUUCAUUGACAGUGAAUAUUUAGAUUACCUAGUUACAGCAGCCAGCUUAAUCUCGACGAGAAACCCGGAGAGCACAGUCAUGGAUGUGCAGUCGAGUCGCGUUGUGCCCGAUGGCGGCUACGGAUGGAUUGUGGUAGCGGCCGUGGCGUUGAUUAAUAUGACCAACCAAUCCAUUUUGUCAGUCUUCGGCCAGCUCUUUGUGGGUGAGCUGCAGAAAAUGCAAGAGGACACCUUCACCGCGGCCUUGAUCACAAAUCUAAACAGCCUGGCUCUUAACUUUUCUGGCCUCUUCAUUGGACCCGCAAUUAAAAGCUUUAAGCCCCGAAAUGUUGCCGCGACAGGCUGCAUCCUAGUCGCCCUGGGCCUGGCUCUGUGCGCCUUUGCUACAGAAAGCUGGCACUUUAUUCUGGGCUACAGUUUCUUCGUGGGCUUCGGACUGGGCCUCAUCUCGCCCUCCACAUUCAUGGCCAUUAACUCGUACUUUACGACAAAGCGAGGACGAGCUGUGGGUGUCUCAUUGGCAGGUGCUGGACUUGGUCAGGUGCUUAUCCCCCACCUAGUGCGUUACCUCUUGGAUAACCAUGGUUUUCGCUACGCCGUCCUAUCCAUGUCUUCCCUAUCACUAUUUGGGCUUUUUGGUGCUGCCUUCUUGAAACCCCUAAAUCCGCCUGCCAAGCACAACAACCGCAAACACAUUCGACUCCUGGCCGAGACCGAUGGCGAGAGGACUAGUCCCCUUCAAGUGGUUGUUAUUUCUACAAACCAAAGCAAAACCGAGCGUAGCCCGCCAAAUGUGGAUACUCUGUGCAGCCGAAUGGGACAACGUCUGGUACAAGCAAUGGAUCUGGAGCUGCUCAAAGAUGUAGUAUUUUGGAGCAUCAUUGUGGGCAUGGCUCUAGUCUACACGGCCACCAUAAACUUCACGAUGAUCUUUCCUGGUUUCCUUGAACAAACGGCAAAACUGAACAGCCAGAUGGUGGCAUUCUGCAUGUCCCUUGUCGCUGGAGCUGACAUUGUGUGUCGUUUGUUACUGCCCAUCGUCACAGAUCACCUUAGAAUCCCCUAUCGUGUGGUGUUCCUGAUCGGCAUUGUUGGACUCUUUGUCGCCCGUUGUGUGCUUGCCGAGAAUCAAGCGCUGCCCGUGAUCAUCUCCAUGUCUGUGCUGACGGGCAUGAUGAAAUCAGCCACCGUAAUUAACAACAAUCUCACCAUAUCGGCGCAUUGCCGCUCGGAAAAACUAGCCGGCGGCCUCGGACUGAGCAUGAUGUCCAAAGGCAUUAUUGUAAUCACAGUGGGUCAGCUGCUGGGAUGGGUACGAGACUACGCCGACUCCUACCUUAUCUGCCUGUAUGCUCAAGGAGCUAUUCUGCUAGCGGUGGUUCUGUUUUGGACCCCGGAGAUAUUGUACCGCCACCGCAGGCAGCGCUGUGCCACCAACAAGUCCAUGGAGACGCAGUCUAUAGACGCAGCCGAGGUGACCAAACUCAACUCCUAAAUUAUUGUGCACUUGGACUGAAUUAGAGUGUAAGCGAGGGAUUUCGGUAUUGACUGUCAUGUGAUAGGCGGUGGAAUGACUUACCUGUAGGGAACAUUCCAAUCUCGCCGCAGUAGUUAUCUGAGUUGUGAGGAAGGACCAGUGUCAGGAACAGCACUAUUUGUAUGACUAUGCAUCUUAGGCUUAGGUUUUCGAUUAUUUAUUACCAUUUACCCAAUAGAGACUUAACUUUUGUACUGCCAUAAGAGCCAAAAUACAAAUUAAAGUAACCAUA